GGAAGGCGCGGGGAAGGGCGGCCCGAGCCCGCUCCUGCCUCGCUGGGGUUUCUCCAAAGCUCGGGACAGCCUCUGGAGGUGGAGGCUUUGCUGUCUGGGAGUUUUCAUGGUCCCAGCCGAAGCGUGGCGCGGUGGUUCCUGGGGAGGAAGGGGUUAAACGCCUGUCGCGCUCAGGUCGGGACACAAGCUGUCCCUGUGUCCCCGGCGGUGACAGCGCUGCCGCUCGCUCCGGGGCAAAGGCGGCGCUCCGGCUUCAGCGCCGCCAGUUCGCCCGCCGGGCUGAGAGCGACACACGCCGGGCUGUCACCCCGCCACACCCGGUGGGACUCGGUCUGUGUGGCAGUCACCGUCCGCACGAGUGUCUGCACCAGCGUGCCCAGCUCCCACUGGCUUCCCCAAGGGAUCGUCCCAGUCAGGGGGAUCUGGGGCCGAGAUGUCCAGAGCCAUAAGGCAAAGUCUCCACGUGCAAAUAGGGACCUGUGCUGAGGCACCUCUCGGGCUGCCGCCACUGACCUGUGCUGAAGGAAGAGCUCUCAGACUCUUCCUGGCACUGCCCGUGUGUCUGUAACACAGCAAAUCUGACUCCCUCCAUAAAGGGUUUUGUGUUCUGUGGCUGCAGAGUGCAAUGUUCUCAGUGAUCACCAGGGAUUGUGCACCACAGUUCACUUCUGUCUUAGGUCUCUGGCUAUUUUUGACAUCGUGAAGCCAAGGUCAGGCUUUCAGCCUGGGCUGAAAACAUGGUGGGAUUCUUUGGCACAAAAAGCGUUCGUAGCUGGAGAUGAUCCCACUCAGCUGUGACUGCUGCCCCCUGUCUGGCUCAGGGAAUUCUCUUCCACAGCUGAUAUUUUGUCUUUCACUCUCUCCUGGCAUCGGUGCCUUUCCCACAGAUCCACUGUGUGCUGCAGUAGGAUGUGUGGUUGGAUCGAGGCCAUUACAACUGUGGAGGAAACCAGCAGAAGAGCAGCCACCUUCUCUGCCCUUUUCCCCAGGGACACGGGGAUUUGGGAGAGGAAGGUCUAACCUAGACUCAUAAGCAAGUUCUGUGAGACCUGUGUACACUCAGAGGUGGAAACAACCUGAGGUAUCUUUAAGUAAUCUUAAAACUGGCCUGAAAUGGAGUUUGAAGUGUGACUGAAGUGAUCAUUUUAGAAAGCAGGUUCUGCAGAUGCUGUGAGAGGGAGAUUUACCUGGUUAUUGCACCUCUUAAAUCAAACUUAACCUUGCAGGGCUGCUGCAUUACAUUUUAUUUUAUUUUUUUUAGGCAGAGACACCAGCUGUAGGUGUUGGUUAUGGCUGCAGUGCAUCAAGCACUGCACAGGAGAGUUUCCUCCCUCGCCUGCAGGUUGCACUCCACCUAUGUGAGGAAAAUGAGAUACUUAAAUCAGUUAAAGGAAGAUGACAGCCUUUGUAGACAAGCUCAGACCUCAGGAACUUUCUACCUCUUUCACAAUCUCUCCCCCUUCCUGCAGAAAGUUGGGAAGAAAUAUUUGGUACCACAGCUCAGUGCAGCAGAGACGAGGCAGGUUCUGGAGAAGCUGCAGGAGGCCGAGCAGUGGAUGGAGAAGUCGGUGCUGAUCGGGUGUUCGGACGAGCACAGGGCGCGCUUUGCGCUGGAUUUAGGAGCCUUGGAUAAAUCAGUCAUUGAGUCGGAGCUGCAGGGAUCAUUUACUGACCUACGAAAGGCUCUCUUUGUAGUGGAUGGGAAGGAUUCUCCUCUGCUGGCUUCGGCCCAGUCUCUCCUGCGCUGGCACGAUUCCCACCAGUACUGCAGCAAAACUGGGCAGCCCACGGAGAAGAACCCAGCUGGCAGCAAACGUGUCUGCCACGCCAGUGGAGUCACCUACUACCCUCAGGUGUCUCCAGUGGUCAUCACCCUGGUGUCCGACGGGAGCCGCUGCCUCCUGGCCCGCCAGCCCUCCUUUCCCCCGGGGAUGUUCACAGCUCUGUCAGGCUUCUGUGACCUGGGUGAGAACGUGGAGGAGGCAGUGCGGCGAGAAGUGGCCGAAGAGGUGGGGCUGGAGGUGGAGUCGCUGCGCUACUCGGCUUCCCAGCACUGGCCCUUCCCCAGCAGCUCCUUAAUGAUUGCCUGCCACGCCCUGGUGGGAGCCCAGCGGGCUGAGAUCAGUCUGGACACCCUGGAGCUGGAGGAAGCCCGUUGGUUUGGCCUGGAGGAAGUUGUGGAGGGUCUCAAGAGGGAGCCCAGCUCUUCCAAGCAAGAUGAUGACAGUUUCUUCUGUCCCAAGAAAGAGAGAACAGAGCUAUCUGGUGGUGGAGAGGGGAAGAGCAAGACUGCACAUGAGCAUUUUAGAAGACCACAGCUAAUGCAAAGGUGACAGGAACUGCUACGACAAGAACUGCACUUAGAAAAAUCUUGAAAGGAUCAGGGACUCUUACCCUGAGGCCAAAGUCUGAGCUGCUCUGAUUUCACUGAUGAAAUGGUGCCACCUCUCUGGAGGAAGAACAACAAGGGAACCAUCUGGACAAGGAAAGCUCAGUGAAGGAGACACUUCAGGGAAAGGAUGUUUGACCUGCUGCUGACUCGGGCUGACAGUCCUUUCUGCCUGCUUGGUCAGAGCUCAGAUGCCAAGAGUGCAAAGCCAGGUGCUUGAAGGGGGACAGGGAUGUGUCCCUGACUGCCACCACUGGGAUUCACUGCAGGAGAGCAGUGAUAAAAAUCUGCAGUCCUGACACCUGAGCAGCAAGUAAAAAAAUAAGUCUUCCACA